AUGAGAAGCCAUACAAGUCCGAGCAUAGUCUAAAAAAGAAACUUUUACGGUGGGGAAUUCAACAAUGAGUUACCAGUUAUUCUUGAAGUUAAUGAAUCAAAUAUAGCCUCAACUGUUUAUAAUAGAAAGGUGUCAAACAAUUAGAAUGAUGCCUUACAGGGUACAAAUCUUCGUAGCCAGGUGUUUCAAUCUUUAAUUAUAAGUAGAAUAAGUGAUUCUGACGAGGAUGUAGACAUCUCUUCAGAAUCAGAGUUCAGUGAAGACAUAGUUGAUCCAGCAGAAGUUGGUCUAGAAAUUCCUGACGAGAGUGAAAAUUUUAUUACAUUUUUUCUUGAUUAAGAGAUGACUUGGUAGAAAAAUAUCUUAUAAAAUGGGAAAGUUAAUUGGGUAAAGAAAAAAAGAAGUUAGAAGCUACAGUUAAAUCCUAAUCUUAAGAAACUUUCAUGUGCCAAAGUAAGAAAUAUGCAGUUAGAAGAGAAGAAAUUCUGGUUUGAGUAUCAAUGCGAGCAGAGAAGAAUAAGUUUCAUCUAAGAUUCUAUCACAUUGGUCAUUUAAAGAGACAACGUACUAAGAGAUUCAUUUGAGUAAUUUAGAACUACAGAUGAUUUUGACUUGCAUAAAGAAAUAAAAAUUCAUUACAUAGAUGAAGUUGCCUAAGACGCAGGUGGAAUCACAAGAGAGUGGGUUACUCAGCUAACUUAACAAUUAUUUUCCGAUGAUUAAUAGCUAUUCAAGCAAAUGAAAAGUGAUCAUAGCUUGAAUUAUUUCCCAAACUAAAACGCUAAAUUCCUCUAUGAAAACGGCUACAAGGAUUAUUUCAGAUUUGCAGGAUAAGUAUUAGCUAAGGCCUUGUUUGAUAAAAUUCCUGUUAAUGUUUCGUUGAAUUCUGCUAUUCUAAAAAAGCUUGUUGCAAUUAGCCCAAAAGAGCAGAAAAUAACUCUUGAAGAUUUAAGAGAUUAUGAUCAACAAAUAUACAACUCAAUAAAAUUCAUCUCUGACGACCCAUCAAUUAAUUUUGAUGAAGAGGAGUUUUACUUUACAAUAAUACAAGAUGAUGGAUCAGAAAUAGAACUUAUUAAAAAGGGAAAGGAAACUCGAGUAACUGCUUAAAACAGAACUUAGUAUGCUAAAAAAGUAGCAAAAUAUUAUUUAUACAAGCAGGUAAAAACAGAGAUCGAUGAGUUUGUGAAAGGAUUCCUCUAGGUUAUUCCUAAUAGUAUAAUCUCAGUGUUUGAUAAAGAUGAGCUAGAAUUUAUUAUGAAUGGUUCGCCUACAAUAGAUAUAGAUGAUUGGAUCUAGAAUUCAACAUAUAGGGGAGCAUUUGAAAACGAAGGCAAAAAUCAUUAAGUAAUUAGUUGGUUUUGGGAUAUUUUAAGAGAUCUUAAUUAAGAAAAGAGAAGAAAGUUCCUUCUUUUUUGUACAGGUAAUCCUAGACUCCCUAUUGAGGGAUUUAAAAUAGAUCUUCCAUUAUUUAACAGAAAAGAGGAUAUAGAAAAUAAUAUCAAUGGCAUUUUGGAAUAAGAUCAUUAUUAUUUCGAUUUUGAGUGA